CCACCACUCCGCCCCCAAACCCGGAAGUAAUCCUGGUAGGUCCAUGUGCACUGUUAGUUUGGAAGGGUUCAAGGGCUUACUGACCAGCUGCUUCCCAGUCUCUAUAAGCGACUGUGACCCACCCCGGAGGGCUACUUUUGAGGGACGCAAAUCCGAAGUUGACCCCGUUGCAUCCCGCCACCCAAGCUGUACCUCAUGGAGUCAACGUUCAGCAGCCCUGCGGAGGCUGUCCUAAAAAGGGAGGCGGGCGUCCCGGGACUGCUCACUCCUCCCGCCGACCUCGACAGAGUAUACGAGCUAGAGCGAGUCGUGGAAUUUGUUCGCGACGUGGGGUGUCAACGGGUGGCCUUGCAGUUCCCUGACCAGCUCCUGGGAGAUGCAGGGGCUGUGGCUGCACGACUAGAAGAGACCACAGGAUCGAAGAUGUUCAUUUUGGGGGACACGGCCUAUGGCAGCUGCUGUGUGGAUGUGUUGGGUGCUGAACAAGCUGGAGCUCAGGCCCUUGUACACUUUGGCCCUGCCUGCUUAAGCCCUCCAGCCCGCCCACUGCCUGUUGCUUUUGUCUUUGGUCAACGUUCUGUGGCCUUGGAGCUCUGUGCCAAGGCCUUUGAAGCCCAAAACCCAGACCCCACAGCACCUGUGGUACUGCUGAGUGAGCCAGCCUGUGCCCACGCUUUGGAGGCCUUGGCCACUCUACUGCACCCGAGGUACCAGGAUCUGCUUGUCUCCAGUCCAGCUCUUCCUUUGCCACUGGGGUCCCCCAGUUCAGAGCCUGGACCCCUGGAGUGUUUUGGGCGCUACUUCCCCCUUGCCCCAGGGAGGCAUCUAGAAGAAUAUGGUGCUUUCUAUGUGGGGGGUUCUGAGGCCAGUUCUGAUACUGACCUUGACCCAGACCUGAGCAGGCUGCUCUUGGGUUGGGCACCAGGGCAGCCCUUCUUCUCCUGCUGCCCAGAUACAGGACAGACACAGGAUCAGGGUGCCCGAGCUGAACGGCUAAGGGCGCGAAGAUGGUAUCUGGUAGAAAGGGCCAGAGAUGCCCGUGUGGUAGGGUUGUUGGCAGGCACAUUGGGUGUGGCCCAACAUCAUGAGGCACUGGCACACCUACGGAACAUAACUCAGGCUGCCGGCAAACGUAGCUAUGUGUUGGCCCUGGGCGGCCCACCCCUGCAAGCUUGCAACUUCCCUGAGAUGGAUGUUUUUGUGCUGUUAGCCUGUCCUCUGGGUGCCCCUAGCCCCACAACCUUCUGGUAGCUUUUUCCCGGCCUGUAUUGGCGCCAUGUGAGUUGGAGGCUGCUUGCAACCCUG